AUGCGUUGCCUCGUCGAUGCUGUCUCUAAGCUGGUGACUAGCAAUGAUGAACUUACCAACUCACUCGAGGGCAUAGAAUGCAUCAUGACCGAGUCUAUAGCUAUGCUCACGGCUCAAUUACUAGGGCUACACACGGGAACAGGCGGGCCGGUAAACAUAACACUAGAGCCAAAAAGCCGGGACCGGAUUGAUCCUGAUUAUAUGUGGUUCCGCAUCGUCCUCUCGGAUCGCGCUCUGUCGUUAAUAUUGGGGCUUCCCCAAGGCUCCUCGCUCGAUGACAGCUUUGCUUCUCCGAAUGCCUUAGAGUCAUGCAUGGCUCUGGAGCGCAUAGAGCGUAUCCAGGCAGUUGCUGCCGGGCUUAUACUGCGUCGUAACGGCGCUGAGACGAGCGAACUGUUAGAAACUUACAAGAUUGACAAGAUGCUCCAGGACGCCGCAGCCCUGAUGUCGCCACAGUGGUCUUUUACGCAUCACAACCUCUUACUACAGUUACAUCUACCAUUCAUGUUGCAACCUUCUUCGGCAGACGGUCCAAAUCAUGAUUACAGCAAGAUGACUGCUAGCGCCGCAAGCCGUACCAUCAUCUCUGAUUUCGUGGCCUUCCACAAUUCCAAUCCUCUUCCGUAUUAUUGCCGGAUGAUUGAUUUUGUAGUUUUCAUUGCCAGCGUGACGCUGUGCAUCGCGCAUAUUGAUGCUCGGCAUCAGCAUCAUCCUAGCAGUGACAACAACUGCGUCGGAAGAGGCAGCUUCACUGCUCUGGAUUCACUGCGUCAUCAGCGACUAAGGGAUCGAGGACUGCUUGACUAUAUUUUAGAGAUCAUGGAGAUGAAGGCGCGAGUCAAUCACGAUAUCGUAGCUCAGAAGAUCUCUGCGAUCAUCCGACCUCUCCUCGCGGCUGAGAGCGAUUCCGAUAACGGGCGAUACUACCUAACCACUGCAUCUCGGUCGGUUGAUCAAAGAACUUAUAGCCAGAAAUCACAACCUCAGAGCUUGGGCGAAACUGGCGAGACUCCUAAUAAGUUGCUAAUCUAUAUUCCACAUUUCGGCACCAUCAAUAUCGAAGCACAUCCAGAGAUUACCAAUGGAGGAAAUGUAUCAAUCUUAGGUAACAACGCCUCAUCUUCGAGUGCUGGGCACGAAAUUUUGCAGGACGCGGCGAUAGAAGUGGAUGAUAUAGGACCCAGCGAUCUCGACUGGCAAGCAAUCCUCUCAACAUAUUCCAACGCAUUUUUAGGGAGCGACGAUUGGUAUAUUGCUGGGAUAUAA